AUUUUAAUGUUUGAGUGCAUCGCAUUCACACAUCAGAUGCUAACCAACAACAAGGGGAGAUAAACGGCCGUAAUUUUCUCUACAGAUUGACGGAAUAUUUAGUUAAAUCCUUCUUAGGUUGUGAAUGUAGUCUAUCUAGUGUUGGUUUCAAAAAAAAAAUGGAGACUGACGCUCUUCGAUGUAAAGGGAAUCAUCUGCAUUGGUUUCGUAAGGACCUUCGGUUACACGACAACCCAGCUUUGUUGAAGUGCUUAGAGGACUGCGAGAACUUUUACGGAGUUUAUAUACUUGAUACAGAGGCUUGGCUUCGUUUGAAUCCUAACGCAAGCCCGACAAUAUGGAGGUUCUUUCUUGAAACCCUACACGAUCUGAACGAUAAGCUGCGAAAACUGAACUCCCGUCUAUUUGUUGUCCAAGGCUCUCCCGUUCGGGUUUUGCCGAAGUUAUUUCACGAAUGGAAUAUUUCACGUUUGACUUUUAAUACUGAUCACGAUCUACAAUCAAAUGAACGAGAGGAAGUCGUAUUUUCUUUGGCUUGCAUUGCAAAUGUAGAAGUUGCUGUUCACUCAUCUCAUACUUUGCAUGAUGUUAAUCGCUACAUCGAAAGUAACAAUGGAAAUGUUCCGCUCGGCCUUAAGGAAUUUCAACAAGUGUUCCACUCUCUCGAUGAGCUUCCUUGUCCGGUCGAGUGUGUUAAUGAACGUCAUUUUUCAACCUGUCGGACGCCAAACUCUGAGUGGCUUGAUGCGAACUUCCAUGUGCCACGACUGGAAGAACUCGGCUUCGUGGAUCAAUCAUUUGCAUCGAAAUCGUCCUUUCGAGGGGGCGAAACCGAAGCUCUUCAACAUUACAACAACUACGUUGAAAUGGUUGUAUCAUCCAAUGUGUCAUCAAAGAAAUCAAGCGGAUUGAGUCCGUACUUUCGAUAUGGCUGUCUCUCUGUGAGAUAUGUUUAUCACUCUCUUCAUUCAUAUGUUCACGAGAACGUCACAAUCGCGCGGUUUCUGAAAGGUUUGGAGACUCGGGAUUUCUUCUUCAUGCUUGCGAGUCGCAUCAGCAACUGGGACAAGAUUGAAAGAAAUCCGAUAUGUCUGGGAAUUCCAUGGGAGGAAAACAAAGAGUACUUGAAGAAGUUCCGAAAGGGCAAAACAGGAUUUCCUUGGAUCGAUGCAACCAUUGCGCAGCUUAAACAGGAAGGAUGGAUAAGUUACGAGUCGAGGCAAUCAUUGGCGUUCUUCCUAACCAGAGGAUGUUUGUGGAUCAGCUGGGAAGAAGGAGUCAAGUUAUUUGAAGACUACUGCCUGGACGCUGAAAGAAGCUUAAACGUUGGCAGUUGGUUAUGCGCGUCCGCCAGCUCUUUCUUCAACCAUGAUUUCAAUGCGUACUGUCCAGUGGAAGAGGCCAAACGCUUGGACGAACAUGGAAUAUAUAUCAGGAAAUACUUGCCAGUUCUGCAAGAUCUACCCGACGAGUACAUCUACCAACCAUGGCUUGCACCACAAGAAGUACAAGAAAGAGCGAAUUGUAUCAUUGGCAAGGACUAUCCAAAACGGAUGAUAGAUCAUACUAAAGCGAGACUCGAUUGCUUGGAGAAAUUGCGAGAAUUCCACAAAGAAUUAAUUCACCCAAUAUCGAGUACGGGGCAAAAUGUUGUGCAUUGGUUCCGCAAAGAUUUGCGACUACAUGACAAUCCAGCCCUUGUUGAAGCUUGGCGAAACGGUGGAAAUUUCUAUGGCGUGUACAUCUUCGAUCCGCUUGUUUUCCAGGAUGGUAAAUCAUCUGUGAAUCACGGCAAGUUCCUGCUCCAAUGCCUGCGCGAUCUCGAUGCCAAAUUGCGCGAAUGCGGCUCUUACUUGUACGUGAUCCGUGACUCACCAAUGGCCGCGUUCAAGAACCUUUUCGUUAAGUGGCGUGUGACGAAGCUAACGAUGGAAGCCGACACGGAACCUUAUGGCAAGAAACUCGAGGACUCCGUCGUUGCAUUAGCAAAAAAGUGUGACAUUCAAGUCGUUACUAAAGUAUCACAUACGCUCUAUUCUAUACCUGAAGUGAUAAAGUACAACAAUAGUUUACAGCCGUUCACGUUCAAACGUUUCAUCACUACUGUAAAGAAAAUUGGUCAACCGGAUAUGCCGGUACCACCAUUAGACUCUGUCUCGUUUCACGGUUGUCUGAGUCCCGUGGUCCCAGGCUUUGAAAUGCCCAGUGUAGACGAGUUCGGCAUGUCCGAUGAGGAUUUCAUUGAUGGUCCCAAUAUAUGGAAAGGUGGCGAAAACGAAGCGUUGAAAAGAUUAGACUUGCUUGUUGAAAAGAUUGAGAGUGGACACGUCGAAGUGGAGAACUUUGGCGAUAUAUCAUUUCCUAAAUCCACCGCGCUGUCGCCGUACAUGCGUUUUGGUUGCAUUUCGACGCGUUUGAUUUAUCACACGCUAAAUAAGCUACUCAAGAAGGCCAAUAAUAGCCAACAAAUAUUGAAUAUUCUUAUGAAGCUGAUGUUCCGCGACUUCCUUUUCACUCUUGGUCAUCGAAAUUUCUUCUUUGAUUCGAUGAAAAACAAUCCCGUGUGUUUGCAAAUACCCUGGGAGUCCAACAGAGACUUCAUUGACAGAUGGCGCGAGGGCUCUACGGGAUUUCCGUGGAUUGACGCUGUUCAAAUCCAACUUCGCAAAGAAGGAUGGGCGAAUCACCUUGGCCGACAGGCUGCAGCGUGUUUCCUGACAAGAGGGUGUCUAUGGGUGUCUUGGGAAGAAGGAUUUAAGGCUUGUCAAGAGAUGCAAAUUGACUUCGAAUGGAGCUUAUGUGCUGCCAAUUGGCUGAUGAUUUCGUGCAGCUCUUUCUUUGUAAAAAGCAACAAGUACUAUUGUCCAGUGAACACGGGAAAGCAACACGAUCCACAAGGAGUUUUUAUAAGGAAAUAUAUACCUCAGUUGCGCAACUAUCCCGACGAGUACAUUUACGAGCCUUGGAAUGCACCAAUCGAAGUACAGGAAAAAGCAGGCUGCGUCAUCGGCAAGGACUACCCAAAGAGAAUCAUUGAUCACGAGGAAGCAAAACUCGUGUGCGCAAAAAGAUUACGAGAAAUGGUGGGCGAGUUACAAGAAGGAAUGUCAACCUCCGUGACACUUGCUGACGAUGAAGACGACAAUUUUAUUGUUAAAAAGAAGAGAAAGAUCUACGAAAAUAUGCCAGGACUUCCCGUUUUUUGAUAUCGAAGAGCGUAAUGGUUCGUGUGGGGUUAAAUUAUGGGUGUGAGCGUUAUUUGUUGCUCAAAGGGGCGUUAAUAGUUUGGCAAAGGUUUUAAUGCGCGUAUUGAUGUUAGUAAUAGAAAUUAAUGUUGUCGAGGCCUUUGAAGCGUCCCACGUUUGAAAUUUAACAUUAGAGAUUUUAAGUUUGGCGUUGACGGCAAACCGCCAAAAGUCACGUGAUCUUGGCUUUGCGGCUCAUGUUGAAGUUCGCGGUUCAGGGUUAAACGAGGCACUUCUUGCGGUAGGUGAUGUUCAGCAAGCCUUAACGUACUUUUAAUACAACCAAGUGACGUUUAUGGCUAAAUGUUUUCUUUUUAUUAGAGUAUACAACAUGAAUAUGCCUUUGUCGAGGUUUGCCGUGAACGCCAAACCAAAACUCCUAUUAUUAAAGCAGCGAAUGUGUUUGUAUCGUUAAGUUUUCAAAUCGUUUUUCACAUCCCGUGUAAGAGCAUUAAAGUAAUAGUUGAUCACAUUGUACAUAAAACUAUACAGAUAUUGAUUAUAUGACUGCUGUGUAGCUAUUCUAGCCAUCUGCAAAAAUGAAGCGAUUUAGUUUGUUCGCAAUCUAGCAUCGUUACAUUUACUCAAAACAUUAUUUCGAUAUUUUUUUGGCCAUAGUUCUUUAUCGGUUCCCCUGGUUUUUAUCCAAUAGUACUGCAAAGCAUUCCUUUAUGUUUUCUUUUGAAAAUUUCGGUGUUUGGCGAUUUGUCGACAGUCAUAUAAUUAAUAAAUUAGUGACCGAGCCAAUUUUGUCAUUCCCAGGCUCGGUUCACAAACGUCCUUCACUAGGGAAAAUGAAUUGUGUAUACAUAACAUAAUAACAUAUUGGGUUAAGUGUUCUGAAAUGUAAAUUUAUUUGUCAAAGUGAAUGUUGAGUUAAUAUAGAUAAUUGUAUCGAGUUGUUUCUGCUUGGACACGUGAUUUUUCUUAAUCAUCGGACUUCCUUAAACUGUUUGCUUGAUCAGCGAAAUAUAUGGUAAAAGGUA